AUGCAGAAAAACAAGGUCAAAGACAAGAAGAUCAAGAUCAAGGUCGUCCACAUUGAUUGGUUCACAUUCUCCUGCACUCACAACAAGAAGCUGCGCGAAUGCGACUAUGACUUCAAAGCCAUCAAACGCAGAGAAGAUAUCAAGCUCAGGAAGCGGAAAGAAGAGGAGGCCAGGAUUCGGAAUGCUAUGGUUGGCCAGGAUUGGAUCAACCCUGACCUCUAUCGCGUCUUUUCGGACAAGCACCACUUCCGAUACGAGAUCCAGCUCUUUCGCGACACCGAGGACGAGUAUGGCGCCGUGCAUGAGAAGUACGAGCUCUACCUCUUCGAGUCCCAUGCAGAACCCCGUCUCUACUGGUUUGGAGCUAAGUUGUACCAGAAGAAGGACGACGGCGUCUGGCGCUUCCGUGCCAUAGAACGCACCAGCGCCACCUGCGGAGUCUUCAAGACCGAGUUCGAGCACUUCAAGAACUUCUUCGAAAUCAAGACCAAAUACCGCUGGGGUGAUCGAGUGCUGAAGGCUGGCACUGGGGAGAAGACAGACUUCAGCUAUACGCCCCCGACUCGAGGCAAGCCUGUCGGAGGCAUCCUGACCCCAGGCCUCACCUACUACGACAAGUGCGUCAAGCGCAACAUUGAGACCCGCCUUCUCUUUGCCGACCUCUUCGGCGACGAGCUCCCCGCCAACAUCCAGAUCGACGUUGCCGUGACAGAGCUCCUAAACGAGAUCAUCGACAAGGCUUGCGCCGCUCAUUGCGAGGAUCCUUGCGAUGGCGUCUAUGAGAUGCGGUCCACCGAGGUACCAGCCCCUGCUGAGAGAGGUAUGCCCUUCGAAAGCGAUCACUCCGAAGAAGAGGUAUCGGGCGGCACGAUCAGCGCUCCCUCGGAUAGCAUGUCGCAGCUGAGCAUUGAAGACACUGACGAUAGCCUUGGUAGUAAGCAGGAAUGCGAGAUGGAGGAUGCAACGGCUCCCUCCGUGAACGAAGACGAGAGGUGGCCAACCAACGCUACCCCCUCCGAGGGCCUCACCAUGCAGGAUUGGUGA